AUGAAGUUGAACUUCUACUGUUUGGAUUUGGAUUGUCCUGGACUGCCUUCAAAACUAGGCCCGCCAUCAUUAAAAUACAGCAGUUACUACGAUCAAAAGAAGUGUGUGCUCGAACGAUUUCCACAGGAUUUGUCAAAAUAUGUAGCUUUAAAAGAUCUAUUCAUAUCGCAAGACAAAUAUGUUAAAUCUACUUUGACAAAUCGUGAACAACCAUAUGAGCUCUUUUAUGAUCUCGGAUUGACUGCGGAUUGCAGUUUCAUAGAUGGAAACAGUUGUAAAAACAUGGAUAGAGAAUUUGAUACCACACAAAUAACAAAUUACAAAAUCGGACGUACAUUAAAUACUAUCAACACAAUAAAUGGAACUAACAUUAGUGAUUUGAAUAUAAAACUUCCAUUACAUAGUUUGGAUCAAAUGCAUAACGAAAAGAACGCAACCUCUGCACGCAUCGUCAAGACGUUCGAACAUCCCCACCCUGGCUAUGCGACACCCUCCCCAUCUUCUUAUGCUUUAGCCAAGCGUCAAGUCGUAACCCGUCCAAUUCGCAUUCGACCGACGUCUUGGUUUAAAGAAUCACGGGGAUAAGACUUUUGACGAUGACUUGAUUUCUGCCGACUGAUUGAACUAAGCCGCGGUUACCAGCAAAACUGCGUGUAACGUGGAAUAAAGCGAGAUAAGUGCAAGUGAUUUGCUCCGAUUCGUCGUUGUGCAUCAAGAGUUUAACUCCCGGGUGACAAAAUAUAACGUUGAAAGAAAGGAG